UCCCCUGGUCCUCAACGGGGGUCUGAUGGCAGGAUGGCGGAGGUAGGGGGACCGGAGUCUGCCGCGGCCCGGUGCCCGGACGAGUCGUCGGACAGCGAGCCGGAGCAGGAGCCCGGAACCCCGCAGAAACUCAUCCGAAAAGUGUCCACGUCCGGCCAGAUCCGCAGCAAGACGGUGCUGAAGGAGGGCAACCUGCUGAAACAAACCAACUCGUUCCAGCGCUGGAAGAGACGAUACUUCAAGCUGAGAGGGAGGACUCUGUACUACGCUCAGACUGCCAAGUCGAUAAUCUUCGACGAGGUGGACCUGACUGACGCCAGCGUGGCCGAGUCCAGCACCAAGAACGUCAACAACAGCUUCACGGUCAUCACCCCCUGCAGGCGUCUGAUUCUGUGUGCUGACAACAGGAAGGAGAUGGAGGAGUGGAUGGCGGCUCUGCGCAGCGUCCAGAACCGACAGAACUAUGAGUCCACCCAGUACAGCAUGGACCACUUCAGCGGGAUGCACAACUGGUACGCCUGCUCUCACGCCAGACCGACGUACUGUAACGUCUGCAGAGAGGCUCUGUCAGGAGUGACAUCACACGGCCUGUCCUGUGAAGUGUGCAAGUUUAAGGCUCAUAAACGCUGCGCCGUUCGAGCCACCAACAACUGUAAGUGGACCACGCUGGCUUCUAUCGGGAAGGACAUCAUCGAGGACGAGGACGGGGUGUCGAUGCCUCAUCAGUGGUUAGAGGGGAACCUACCCGUCUCGGCUAAAUGUAACGUCUGUGACAAGACGUGUGGCAGCGUCCUCCGGCUGCAGGACUGGAGGUGUCUCUGGUGCAAAGCCAUGGUGCACUCAGGCUGUAAGGAGCAGCUGUCCUCUAAGUGUCCUCUGGGUCAGUGUAAAGUGUCCGUCAUCCCGCCGACGGCGCUCAACAGCAUCGACUCUGACGGUUUCUGGAAGGCGUCCUGUCCUCCGUCCUGCACCAGUCCUCUGCUGGUGUUUGUCAACUCUAAGAGCGGAGACAACCAGGGCGUCAAGUUCCUGCGGCGCUUCAAACAGCUGCUGAACCCGGCGCAGGUGUUCGACCUGAUGAACGGGGGACCACACCUGGGUCUGCGUUUGUUCCAGAAGUUUGACACGUUCAGGAUCCUGGUGUGUGGAGGAGACGGCAGCGUCGGCUGGGUUCUGUCCGAGAUAGACGCUCUCACACUGCACAAACAGUGUCAGUUGGGAGUCCUUCCUCUGGGGACGGGCAACGAUCUGGCCCGGGUUCUGGGAUGGGGUUCAGCCUGUGACGACGAUACUCAGCUGCCUCAGAUACUGGAGAAACUGGAGAGAGCCAGCACCAAGAUGUUGGACAGGUGGAGCAUCAUGGUCUAUGAAACCAAGUUUCCACGGCAGCACUCUGCGUCUACCGUCACGGAGGACUGCAGCGACGACUCUGAGGUACAGCAGAUUCAGACUUAUGAGGACUCUGUGGCUGCUCACCUUUCCAAGAUCCUGACCUCAGACCAGCACUCUGUCGUCAUCUCCUCUGCCAAGGUUCUGUGUGAGACGGUGAAGGACUUUGUGGCUCGUGUUGGUAAAGCGUACGAGAAGAACACCGAGAAUUCAGAGGAGUCGGAAGCUAUGGCCAAGAAGUGUGGUGUGUUGAAGGAAAAGCUGGACUCUCUGCUGAAGACGCUGAACGAGGAGUCUCAGGCCUCCACGGUGCACCACCCGGCUCCUCCCCCCACCAUCGCUGAGGAGCAGGAGGAGUCAGAGGGAGUCGUUCUGCCUACUCGUCUUUGUCCUCCUCAUCCUUCCCCUCACGCCCCCUGCUCCCCGCGGACCAACACAUCCUCCUCUGCUGUGGCCGCCAUCUUUAAACCUCGAGAGCAGCUGAUGCUGAGAGCCAACAGUCUGAAGAAGGCCAUCAGACAGAUCAUCGAGCACACAGAGAAAGCUGUGGAUGAGCAGAACGCUCAGACUCAGCAGCAGCUCUUCUCUCUGAGUCGGGCUGAGGAAGAGGAGGGUCUGGUGGAGGAGGAAGAGGAGGAGGACGUGGAGGAGGAUAAAAUGUCUCUACAGUCGUCCUACAGCGCCAAACACCGCAACUCACGCAGAGUCUGUAAGACGCCCUGUGAGAAGCUGAUCAAUAAGGGCAGCCUGUCACUGGGCAGCUCUGCAUCACUUCCUGUCCAGACAGCAAGUAGGGAGAACAUGCCCAUGCUCAACGCAAAGAUCCUCUAUCCAAGUCUCAGAGGGCUCUCAGGUUCCCUCUCCAGCAGUUCUGUCAUCAGUCGACUGUUGGUCAACGCCGACCCGUUCAGCUGUGACCCAGACAACAUGGACUGCUACACUGAGAAAUGUGUCAUGAACAACUACUUUGGAAUCGGACUGGACGCUAAAAUCUCUCUGGACUUCAACAACAAGAGAGACGAACAUCCAGAGAAGUGCAGGAGUCGGACCAAGAACAUGAUGUGGUACGGAGUUCUGGGGACCAAAGAGCUGCUGCACAGAACCUACAAGAACCUGGAACAGAGGGUUCUGCUGGAGUGUGAUGGGCGGCCCAUCCCCCUCCCCAGUCUGCAGGGCAUCGCUGUGCUGAAUAUCCCGAGUUACGCAGGAGGAACCAACUUCUGGGGAGGAACCAAAGAGGACGACACGUUCACAGCUCCGUCCUUUGAUGAUAAGAUCCUGGAGGUGGUGGCCGUGUUCGGCAGCAUGCAGAUGGCCGUGUCCCGAGUCAUCAACCUGCAGCACCACCGCAUAGCUCAGUGUCGGACUGUGAAGAUCACCAUCCUGGGUGAUGAAGGCGUCCCGGUGCAGGUAGACGGGGAGGCGUGGGUCCAACCUCCAGGUUACAUCAAGAUCAUCCACAAGAACCGAACCCAGACGCUCACCAGGGACAGAGCCUUUGAGAGCACCCUGAAGUCGUGGGAGGACAAACAGAAGUGCGAGUUUCCCCGGACUCCCCCCCCACAGCCCCCACAGCCCCCUCUCUCCUCACAGCCAGAGAUUGUCUCUGAGGAAGAGGCGUCGCUCAUCGGCGAGUUCGGUCAGGCAGCAGGGGCUCUCAUACACAGUAUUCGUGAAGUCGCUCAGUCUCACCACAGUCUGGAACAGGAACUUGCUCACGCUGUCAACGCCAGCUCAAAGGCCAUGGAUGUGGUCUACGCAAACUCCAAGAGCUCCGGGUCUCUGAGCUGCAGCGUUGUCCUUCAGAUGGUCAGUAAUGUCAAAGCUUUACUCAGUGAGACGGAGCUGCUGCUGGCUGGAAAGAUGUCCAUGCAGCUGGACCCUCCUCAGCAGGAACAGCUGAAUGCAGCUCUGAGCUCUGUGGCUCAGCAGCUCCGGCAGCUGGCUGAUGUUUCCUGGUUGUGUCCCGUCAUCGACCCCUCAGACCACGAGGGUCCUCUGACAGAUUUCUCAAAACGGAGUCGGAGCGCAAAGUUUCGUCUCGUCCCAAAGUUCAAGAAAGACAAAAACAACAAGAACAAAGAGGCCUGCGCCACUCUCUCUCUGCCAGUUCACCAGUGGGGGACGGAGGAGGUGGGGGCGUGGCUGGACUUUCUCUGUCUCACUGAAUAUAAAGACAUCUUUAUCGGACACGACGUCCGCGGAGCCGAGCUCAUCCACCUGGAGAGGAGGGACCUGAAGGACCUGGGGGUGACGAAGGUGGGUCACAUGAAGCGGAUCCUUCAGGGCAUCAGAGAGCUCAACAGGAACAGCAGCGCCAGCGAGGCGUGACGGCCGCCAGCUUCCCGACCUCCUCCUACCUCUGCUGCCAUUGACCACCUCAACCACCUGACCUCUGACACAACCACAGCCUGUGACAUCACAUCCAAGGCUCACGGCGAUUGGAGCAGGACUCAUUCUGUCUCUGCCGAGCCUUCAGCUCCGCCACCAGGAGAAAGAAACUAAUCAGAUGAUCCACUAGUGCCUUGUCAUCUCACCCCCCAACCAAUCGGUAUCCAGUAUCCAGGGGUGGGGGGUUGGGAUCCAGAGCCAAACAUUAUCUACCUACUGAAGGGCUGCGACAGAGCCAUACACCUGAGGAGACCGGGGAGACAACGUGGCCGCCAGAUUCCUGCGUGUUAUCAGGUCCUUCUGGGCUCUGCUGGUGCGGCGAGGUCACUUCCUGACCCCGUGACCUUCGUAUAUUCACUGAGUCGGGUCUUUUUUAGAGAGUUUUUCAAAAAAGAUGUCCCUGUGAUGUCUGCGUGCAGAAUGAAGGUUUCAGGAGUCUGUACCUGACUAAUCCUGGUCGUCACACCACACCAGUUAGAAACCCGACCUGGGUCCCGUUCUGGACCAGCUGUGAGCCGGAUCUUAGCUUCAGUUGUUGGAUGUGUGGGUCCAGAUUUAAGCCACCGUUAAGCCAGCUCUCCAACCCGGGUCUCAUCUGACCAGCCAAACCAAUCAGAACCUCCUCCGGUCCCUCUCAUGUCGGACCAGAAUCCUGCAGAACCCUUUAAACCUUUAGACGAGUGUCGUUUCAGCAGCUCAGAGACAUUUUUAGAACUAAACUACGUCCCCGAUCUGCCACACAGGAACUCUGUGACACCCGAGGGGGGACGGACGCUUUGAGUCUCUUGCUCGUAGAGAGACACGGACUCAGAGAGUUUUGUACCAGAAUACAUAUUUAUUUCUUCUAUAAAGUCCAGAUGAUAUUCAGAGUUCAAGAGGGGAGCGAGACGAAGACUCUGCAGCGACAGUCGAUGAAGACGAGCUGCGUUUCCUGUCUGAUGUUUUCCUGUUUGUUCAGUGCUGUCUGUCUCUCUGUCUGUGUUGUAUCUGUGUUGUGUAUCAGACCGGUCCGGGCGGUCCCGCUCUGCCCGGCGCCCCAGACCUCAGCCUGAACUCCAGCUGAAACUUUUUGGCCGUUUGAAGACGUCACUUUGGGAUAUUUGUCUUUUCACUUUUAACACGAUGAAUUAGUCAUCUGGAAACCAACCGCAUCGGACCGACAGGAAGAGAAACUGGAUCCGGUGAACCUCCAGAUCCUGCAGCUCGUUCGUUGCUUUAGUCUGUAGAAAACAAACAGCAGCUGGACGUUCAUAUUUAACGUCUUAACAGGAGACAAGUUCUCCUGAUAUCAGUGAAGGUGCUCAGGAGCUGCGUUUACAGGGACCCCGAUGUUCCACUGGUCCGACUAAAAAGCCUCAUGUCCCGUCACACUUUUGAUAAACCGGAAAAUAUUAGUGCCUAAUGAGCAUAGAAACGUUUGAUGGGAUCGUUUCUCUCUCUAUUCUUUAGUUAGGUGACGUGAAGGAGUUCCUGCGGGGACAGGAAACUUCCUGCCUUUCUGUUCCUGAACCUGACCGGCGUUCUGACGCUUUACGCUACCGUAUUGAAAAAUGCUACAGUAGUGCAAAUCGAUAACGCACGCUACACGUGUGUGUUCAGUGUGUUCAUACAGAUAUUUACAUGGUUGUUUAGAUUUCGCUCCCCUCCGCAGUCUGACGGCGUGCCCGCCAGCAGAGAUAGGUCGGCUUCUGUGCGUGCUGCCUUCAGGUGGAUUCCGACAGACAAACUCGAUAUGUUCGUUUUCUUGGAGUCUCGUCUUAUCAGGUCACUUUGUUCAGGUCGUCCAGAUUUCAGAAGUAUCGUCCCUGCAGCUGCAGCUCACCUCUGCGAUGCCCGAGCGUCCUCUAAUGCGGCGCCAAGCGGUGACAGCAAGCCCACUGAUUGAUCCUCUGUGAUGGAUUACUGAUCAGCGAGUGAAGCGAACAGGAAACCAGCAGGAGUUCAGUGUUUACAUGAAGCUAGCGGAUGGACUCGUUAUCAAAGGAUGCCUUAACUCUCCCGUCGAUCACACAUCAGACUAGUCAGUAUUAAUAUCUGAAGAAUCAUUUAAUCAGCCCGCUGAUGUUGUUCAUGCUGUCACUCUGUUUGUUUCAGCUGCUUCAGUGUUUCUGUGUCUGUCGUUCAGUUUCAGUGAGUUUAACUUUAUGUUUCUGUUUGUUUCCAUCUUUUAGUCAUUAAAUAUUCUAACGCUCUCUAAAUACGCUGAGUUUAUUUAGAUGAAGGAGAAAGCAGCAGUGUGAUGUACUACGUGGUUUAACUUCAAGUCCUGAAAGAUGAUUUAUGUUUUGAACUUGUGUACAAGAUAUUUACUUGUACCGCAGACGUGGUCUUGCUCUCAGAAGCUCUGUGUAUCGAGUGCACAUCAUGCAGGUUAAAGGUUGUGCAGACAAGUUAUCGUCUGGUUAACGUGAUGAGCUAAACACACGAUCAGGAUGUCAAACUGAAAACUAUCUUGAUUCAGAUCUGUGUGUUCAGUAUUCAAAGACAAAUGAUUCUCUUGUUCCAUAUCAUGCGCUCACAUGUUCUGAUGUCGUCCAAACACGCUUUGGAUCAAGAUAAGAACCCGUGAGCUCACAGACGAACCAUCCUUUUUAAUGAUAACUUGUAGAAGGUGAAAGUAUCUUGAGGCCUUCGGCUCUGCAACAAGCUGAUAUUUCAGAGAACGCCAGGACCUUCGAAGCUGCCGAGUCUCACCAAUCAGGAGCGUUAGAGACUUUGCUGUAACUGUAGUUUGACAGUUGUAAAGAUUUAAAACGUGCAUCAAUGUAAUUAUUAACAUGCUAAUGUUUGUUAGCUUCCUGCUGCAGUCGGAGCGUAUGAGCGAGUCGGUGCCUUGCUCCAGGUUCGUCCUCUGCUGUUUGUCCGUCUCUCCUCCAUCCUGUGUAUUUAUUGGAUAAUUUAUACAUUAAUCCUGAUACUGUACUGUCAUACCUCUUGUUUGUACAUACGCCCCCUGCAGGGCUGUCAGUGUAAGUGCAUUGUUGUGUGCAGAGAAACAUCUGAACUUCCUGUAAGAAAUAAAGUCUCCACUGUGGAAAAACA